GGCUGGUAUUAUCAGAAGUAGUUUUCAUCAUGCAGAUGAUCAUCACUGUCGUAAGUUCUCAUGUGGGUGCCAGGUGCUCCUAUCACCACUGUGUCCACACCUCAGCACAGGGUCCAACCCAUCACUGCAUCACCCACUGAAACCCAGCCGCCUCCACCCAGCACCACUCUGCCCUCUCCAUUCUCCGCCUGCACACCGUCUGCACCUCACGUUUACAUUUGCAGCUCAAGUUUAAACCUUGAUCUAUUUAAUCUGGGCUCAAAGCAUCCUGCCAGUUUAUUCCCUAACUUCUAAAGGAGGAGACAACGAUGGCGCCUUCAGUUCUGCAGAAUGGGGGGUUUAUUCUGGGUUUGGUUGGAGCAGCAGCCCUCAUCGCAGCUACCGCCAUGAACAACUGGAGCGUGAAGGACAGGCAGGGGGACGUGGUGACGUCCGUCUACACCUACAAGGGUCUGUGGAAGGACUGUGAGACGACGUCCUCUGGGUUAACUGAAUGCCGUCCGCUCUACGGCCUGCUGGGAUUCUCAGGAACCUUCCAGGCGGUGCGGGCCCUGAUGAUAGUGGGGGUGGUGCUGGGGGUCCUGGGGGCCGUGAUAUCAAUGUUCUCUCUCACCUGCCUCUCGAUGACCAGCAUGGCCGACACCACCAAGGCCAAGAUGAGCCUCACCGCCGGCAUCAUGUUCAUCAUCAGCGGUGUGUGUGGCAUCACAGGAGCCUCCAUCUACGCCAAUCAGAUCGUGGCCAGCUUCAGGCUCUCCACCAACCCCAACUACGGAGGCAACAUGGAAGGAGGGAUGGGGGGAGGGAUGGGGGGAGGAAUGGGAGGGAUUCCCAGAUACACAUUUGGCCCCGCGCUGUUUAUAGGCUGGAUCGGAGGGGGCGUCCUGGUUAUUGGGGGCAUCCUGAAGUCCGUGGCCUUCAAGGGAAUGGUGAAAGAUGAAAAACCACAUUACCCGGGGGUAGCGUACAAACCUCAGCCCCACACCAAAAGCGCUCUGCCUGAUCACCAUUCAGAGGGAGCCAAGAAUUAUGUGUAACUUCUAGCCUUCAAGCACCUCACAUGCAGCAUUGUUGUGGGAUUUUAUUCCCAUCUAGAUGCCUUUUAUGUGCAUACAAAUAUGUCUUGAUUAGAGUCAAUAUGUCUUGUGUUGUAACAGCAGUUCAAAAUCUAUGGAAGCCAGUUAAAAUGAAAAGAAUAAAACCAUGAAAAAAAGGUAUUGUUUGGUGCUGGAUACAAAACUCUAGCAACAAGAAGUCUGCACUCUUUAAAAAGCUUCCAGCUAAUUGAAUUGUGAAGAUCUUUUGUAAGAUGUUCCCUUUUAAAAGUCAUUUUCACAAGAAUGUCUCCAUGGUUUCUAUAUUUUUACAAAUGCUGAAUGUAAUUGAAGACUUUUUUUACUUGAGUGUUGUUAAAUCAUUUGAUUUGUAUAAUAAUAAAAGACUAAUUUGUGAAUGA